UACUUCAUCAACUACCAUUUUUUUUCCAAUACAACCCGCAGGGCGAGCCAACGCAAGGAACCCUGAAAGAGUAUCUCUCAAGGAAUUUUUAAUUUCCCAGUACAUCCUUAAAUAAAACGUAUGUGCGUCCCCUCAAUCGAAUUGUCCUGGUCGCAAAGUCUUUGAUCUACCAAAGUCAGGUGCUAACUUUUUCUUACAGUUAACUCAAUUCCAAACCAAAAUUACAAUGGCUGAGGAACAAAAUGAAUCCGCUGCCUGGCCCGUCGGUAAGAUGUUAUGAUAUUUCUGCAAAUUGAUUGCUUUUACUAACAUUUUACUCUACAGCCGACAGCACUCUUUCCCAAGAGAUCCUCGACCUCGUUCAACAAGCUCAACACUACCGUCAAUUGAAGAAGGGAGCUAACGAGACCACCAAGACUCUCAACCGUGGAAUCAGCGAAAUUGUCAUCCUCGCCGCCGAUACUGCCCCAUUGGCCAUUCUCCUCCAUCUCCCUCUUCUUUGCGAAGACAAGAACACCCCUUACGUGUACGUACCAUCCAAGACUGCUUUGGGACGCGCAUGCGGUGUUAGCAGAGCUGUUAUCGCUGCCAGCAUUACCACCAACGAGGCAUCCGACUUGAUGGGUCAAAUCAGAAGCUUGAAGGACAAGGUCGAAAGACUCCAAAUCUAAGCUCUGAAUGAUGGGGAUACAUUAGCUGGCGCUACACCUUAACUGCGUGAUGGCGAUUGGCAUAGGUGUAGGGAGGAGAAAAGCUAUGAGUUACAUUGAACUAUAGGACAGAAAUCAAGCUUGUAAACAUGAUCACAAGUUACAAUAUAAAUUCAUUACUGGGAAACUCAUUUUUUAAUUGUGACGGCUUGGCUUCCUUGGCUCCUCCUUUUUCAUACACUUUAUUCAAAAACUCGAAUUUUCUUCCGAGCAUCAACUCUUCCCUCGGUAA